AAUAUCAAAAAGGUCUCGAUCGACGACGAGACUACUUACUACUUUUCAUUUUUGGUUCUUUUUAGACAACAGCUACAUAGUUCGCACUUCUUUCAAUUCCUCCUUUCCUUUCACUUUACGAACAACGACCGACAAUGCAGGACCUGUACACUUCUCAAUACCCAACCCAUCAACGAGCUCAACAAUGGUCUCGUCCAACUGACUAUCAUCAGAUUAAUACUACGGGUCCUACUUACCCACAGCAGCCAUCAGCUUCUCAUUCUAGUUCAAGCAAUGGCUCUCCGACAGAGGACAGUCCUCCUGCUUCUCUCAAAGUUCAUGAGCAGCAGCAACCACCUCCUCCAAAGUCAGAGGCAAAGCCUCAGGCCACUUUCUUAACAAAACUUUACGCUCUUCUUGAACGUCCAGAAAAUCAUCACAUGAUCCGUUGGGAUCCUGCAGGAGAACAUAUCAUCGUAGAGAGACCAGAACAGUUGGCUCUCCAUGUCCUCCCAAGCAUCUACCGUCAAUCGAGAUUUGCAAGCUUCUCCCGGCAACUAAAUAUCUAUGGCUUCAUGCGCAAAGUAAACCUCCGUAACGUCGACCCCGCUAUUGACGAUCCAGACGCAAGCACAUGGUCCCAUCCCACCCUCAACCGCCACUCCCCCCCUGAGGUCGUGGCCAAUUUCAAACGCCGCGUCCCCCCGCGUCUGCCAAAGCCAAGGAAGCGCGAUACUCAGGAGCCCCCAUCAAUACCUCCUCCCCGUUCCGCUAUCGGUAUGGGUCCAGUUCCUCUCACCGUCCCUUCAUCUGUGGGUCCAAAAGGCACCUUGCCUAAUGCUAGUGGUCGUGCUCGUGGCUUUUCUGCACCAGGUUCCUUCACUCCUUUGAAUCAGAACAGUCCAGGUUGGAGCGCGACUUAUCCUCACACUCGUAACCUGCCUCCCCUCACUGUCCCUUCGGAACCCACUCAUCAUAACUUGUAUAAUCAGUCUCACUUGCAACCCAUCUCCCCUGCGGAGGAAUCUCCUACCGCUCAGUUCAGCGCAAUGGGUCCAGGAAGUGGUUAUCAUCACCCUCAGCAUACUAGCAACAGGGACAUGCUUGUCCCUCCCUCGCAGUAUUCCUACCCUGACCAGAACUGGCAGUAUUCUCCUAACAGCACGACUUCCAAUCAUUCGGGCAGUUUGUCUUCCUUGUUGAACCCACCGAGCAACAAUGGUUAUGGUCCUCGCCCAACGCCGACCAUCAACACAUCUUACUCAUCCACCUAUUCGGGUGUUUCGAUGCAGAGUGACAAUAGUCCGCCCUCGCUAUCUCCGGAUAGCCGCCCAACGACGGGAUACUCCAUUUCAUCAGUGUCAUCUUUGCCAUAUGAGGAAUCACCAUCACACCACACUUACCAUCAGGCUGAUUACUCGCGUCCCGGGUCAGGCCAUCACCGCCCCAUUUCGCCAUCAUUGUCACGCCCACCGUCGUCCUCGAAGCAAUAUGGACCGUCGUCCUUGAGCAUCCGUCGUCCCCGUCGCCACAGUCAGGCUAUGAGUCCAUACCCGUCUCCGUAUGGAGAGCAUCCUUCCAACGAGAGACCAUCGACAUCGCCUCAUCCUGACGAUGGAAACAUGCCACGAGUGCGCAGCAUGAUCCAGUUGCCAUCUGUGGACUCGUAUGGUUUCCCUUCCGGGCAAACUGAGUUCGCAUACUCUGCUGUUGGCGGUGCAUCCAUCGAUUCGAUGGAUGGCCGGAGUGGUUGGGGUCACCAUCAGGUUGGACCACGCCCCUCUACAAGCGCAUCAUCGAUCAGUGCUGCUUCCCACACUUCAUCGUCUCAGGCGAACACGCCACCACUCGGGGACGGAUACGGCGCAGGGGAAGCCGACAUUAACCGCUUCUCGCCUGACUUUGGGUUUGUCGCUAUGAACGAGCACCUUCCUCCGCAAUAUACCAAAAUCGUGAGCGAGCUUUAGACGCAACGUUCCCGUGGAGAAGAUAGACUUGUUGCUCGGAUUGCCUUUUAAUUCGACUUGUUGGUGUUUUUCAUCUUUGACUUUUGGACUGCUCUGGCUGU